UCCGCUCCUCUCCCACCACCUCCCCCGCCACCGCCCCGCGGUCACGCUUCCCUCCGCUCCCGCCCGAACGCGAGAUCUCCGCGGCGGCGAGGCUCCCACCCCAUCCACCCUCCGCCCGGUCCACGCGACGCGCGCAGAAGCGUGCCGGGAUCGGAUUCGGGAAUCGCCGCGCGCGCGCGCGCUGACUAGGCCGGGUUAGAUCUGCGACAUCCCGGCCCCGAUCCUGCCUCCCACGUGGUACGCGCAGGUAAGAUUUACUCAGAGGCCACGGUUAUAGAGUGGUAUCUUUCUGGUGACCCUCUGUGGUUCGGGGGGCUCCUGUUCCCUGCUGGGGAGGAGAUGCAGAGGAAUGGCGUGCUGGAAUGCAGUGUCUGCCACUCCACGGUGGCGGUGCCGAGCCCCAGGAGUGUGUCAAGGGCAUACGACAAGCACCACAGCAAGAUAUCCUCCAAGUACCGGGCGCUCAACGUCCUGCUCGUGUCUGGAGAUUGCAUCUUGGUCGGCCUCCAGCCUAUCCUAGUAUUUAUGUCAAAGGUUGAUGGGAAGUUUCAGUUCAGUCCUAUUAGUGUGAACUUUUUGACGGAGGUUGCAAAAGUUAUUUUUGCUAUCAUAAUGCUAAUAAUCCAGUCUAGAAAACAAAAGGUGGGGGAGAAGCCGCUUCUGUCAUUUUCAACCUUUGCACAGGCAGCUCGUAAUAAUGUACUCUUAGCUGUUCCCGCUCUCCUUUAUGCCAUCAACAACUACCUAAAGUUUAUCAUGCAGUUAUACUUCAACCCGGCAACUGUGAAGAUGCUAAGCAAUCUGAAGGUACUGGUCAUAGCCGUUCUUCUAAAAAUUAUAAUGAGAAGGAAGUUCUCUAUAAUUCAGUGGGAAGCCCUUGCCCUAUUGCUUAUUGGAAUCAGUGUCAAUCAAUUGCGCUCUGUACCUGAGGGAACCAAUGCUUUUGGUCUUCCAGUCACCACUAUUGCAUACAUAUAUACACUAAUUUUUGUUACUGUCCCAUCGUUUGCCUCUGUAUUCAAUGAGUAUGCCCUAAAAAGCCAGUUCGAUACAAGCAUCUAUCUUCAGAAUUUGUUCUUAUAUGGUUAUGGUGCAAUUUUCAACUUCCUUGGUAUCUUAGGAACUGUCAUAUUUCAGGGUCCAGAGAGUUUUGAUAUUCUUCGAGGGCAUUCGAGGGCUACAAUGUUUCUCAUUUGUAACAAUGCUGCACAAGGAAUUCUCUCUUCAUUUUUCUUUAAGUAUGCAGAUACUAUUUUGAAGAAGUACUCAUCAACUGUUGCCACGAUUUUUACUGGUCUAGCUUCGGCUGCAUUUUUGGGACAACCCUUGACCGUUAACUUUCUCCUAGGCAUCUCAAUAGUUUUUAUUUCAAUGCACCAGUUUUUCUCUCCGCUAGCCAAAGUCAAAGAUGAAAAACCGGCUGGAGCAGUGGCACUGGGAGAUACACAAAAUCAUAGGUCCUCUGAGUCUUCUUUUGUAAAUAUGACUGCUGGUGCUGCUGCUGAUGCAAGCCAUCUUAGCGCAACUGAUGAGAAAAGGCCACUACUGCCAAUUUAACAUUAUAUUUAAGAAGUCAUUUUCAGAAGCGGGUUGUUUGGUUCAACUUUCUGCUUCUGAAUAGCAAAAGCCAGCAGAAGCUGAACCAAACAGGCCCUUGAAGGUGUUUGGGGGAAGCUGUUGUAGAUUACUUAGACUCUGCCAGGCAAUUGGUGGUCAUAGUUCAGAGUUGGUUGGUGCUGUGCUGCCAUCAGUGACAGUGUGACAAAGGCAGGUGAUGGUGUGCUCUGGGAAGAGGUGGUCAGUUUGUCUAUGAUGGUAAUGAGGGCUACCUGUGUAGUAAUGAAGUAUCGUGAGAAGCAUCCCUGCUGCUAAAAGUGGAUCUGUGUAUGUGGAUGCAAUGCAGGACUUGGGAGGCAGGAGUGGAGAAUCAGUUGCAAAAAUAAUAAAGGAGUUGGUGUUAGGCUGUUACGUCCUAGUUAUAUGUUAGCGUGGCAGGUAUCUGAACCAAACGAAAUCUAAAGUGAAACGACAUACCUACAGCAAACUGAUAAUUUAUACCGUUAUUUAUUUAUCGAUAAAAGUGAACAUUCUAUUUAUCGAUAAAAGCAAACAUUCUUCGUUCUGUUAACUAGUGUCAUAUUUAGCACGUUCAAACUACGGUUUUUUAGCAGUGAACUUUUAAAACUUACAUAUGAGCAUCUCAUUCAUAAGGAUUUUAAUGACCUCGUUUUUAUUUG